AAAAGAAAGCAUUUACUUCAUAUGUUAAUAAUUUACCCCUGUCGUAUCUCAUAUUCGUGUCGCCUCGUUCUCAACAUUUACCUUUCUAAGAUAUGAUAAAUUGCAACAACACGAAAUGCUAAUACUUAUGUGAGAAAAUCAGCUUCUGUUUCCAUCCUCAGGGUGAUGAGUUGGAAGGGAAUGAAUGUUAUCGGCUUCUGAAUGUCAACAAAACGUUUGCAAUCUAUGGGCAUAAUCAUAAAGUAAUAUAAAACGAUUUUCAAGUAUUUGCGUCAUAGCUUUUUUUUCAAAUCUUGAUGUGAGAGGCAAUUUAGUGUCAUAAUUAGUUCCUCCUUUCUUCAUUCAGCCAUUUUCUUCAGAAGCAGACAGGUGCCACCUUCAUGACGAUCAGCAGUAAACUAUACUAUACCGAAAACAAAAAAAAAGCUUCUCCAAGCAACUUGGCAUUUGCCGCAUAGUCGUUAUUAAACAGUCAGGUUUAUAGGCUUAUACCCAUUCCAGGGUGCUGUUUUAAGGAUGGCCGAUCUGAAAGGGUUCAUGUUAUCCAUUCUUUUUUGUCUUCUUUCACAAUGUGCUCCAUCUCUGCAAGCGGAGUCGAUGGUAUUUGUAGCUGACUAUGUAGGACAUGCAAUAUUCAUGGCCGACUUUUCCAGCGACAGUCUCGACUCUUUGACCUUCGAUGCUUUGCCCUUCAGUUCCGUCCGUUACCCAAUAGGCAUCGAUUACGAUCCCGAUACUCGCAUGGUGUACUGGGCCGAAGUGUCAGGACCCAUACGACGCGGGAAUAUCGAUGGCACUAUGCAAAGCGUGAUCGUCGAUAGAAGUAGUGUCGGCAACCCAUACUACAUUGCGUUGGAUACGAGUCGUGGUAAAGUCUUUUGGACCGAUGUAACCCUCAACCGAAUAAUGUCGGCUAACCUCGACGGAUCCUCUCAGCAAAUUCUCAUCAAUACCGACUUGAAUACUCCAUUCGCAAUCAUUAUACACAAAGGAGAAGGAUUGAUGUUUUGGACACACAGGAGUACCCCACGUCGAAUCGAAAGGGCCAAUCUUGAUGGCGGGGACAGAUACGUCAUUGUCAACUCUGGCCUCUCAUAUCCCAUUGCGUUGGCUUUUAAUGCUGACAGUAAGGAUUAA